GACUUCCUGUUUGUUGGACGCUUUUCCUGCGUAUCACAAAAAACAUGGACGCGUGUUAAAUUUACCUCCUUUAUCUCUCCAAUUAUCAACUUUAAAACAAACAAAAAAGCAUACCGCGUGUCCCGGUGUGGGAAUGCCACAGUCCGACCGCUCAAGUUCCGACGGCGGCGGCGGGGAGCCUCGGAGCCCUCGGGCCCGUAGGUCCCGGGGUCGACCCCGCAGUAGCAGCCGCGAGCGGAGCCUGUCUCCGUACAGCUUCGGGCCCAAACUCCCGCAGCCACGGAACCGGGAAAAGGAGCACGAGGACCGCGACCGCCGGUUUCGGGAGGCGAGAAACAUCAGGCGAAUCCGCAUAGGAAGCCCCCGCCGCAGCCGGUCCAGAUCCAGAGAGCGGCACACCAACAACAACACCAGCAGCACCACCACCACCAGCUACAACAGCAGCUACAACAACAGCAGCUACAACAACAACAGCCACAACAACAGCUACAACCACUGGUCCGAGCAGCGGGACGCUCCUGGAAAACACGGGAGCUUCAAAGAUGACGGUUACUACGAGCAGCACAGAGACGACGCCCAGAGACAGAGACAAGAGGCUUUUAUUGCGAAGCGCCUGCAAGAGAGGGAGAGGAUUGGUGAGUUGGGUUGUCCCGAAGUUUGGGGAUAUUCACCAAGAGUCAAAGAGCCAGACUCUGAUGAAUUCACACCAGUCGAAGAGGACGAAAAAAACAGCAGUUCAGGAUCGAGCUCAGAAGAAGAAAAGAAGAAAAAAAAGAAGAAGAAGAAGAAAUCCAAGAAAAAAAAGCACAAAAAGCACUCAGAGGACAGCGAGCUGGAAUCCGAUUCAAAUGAAGAAGACAUAAAGAAGAAGAAGAAGAAAAAGAAAAGCAAGAAGUCAAAGAAGUCCAAGAAGAAGAAGGCGGCCAAGAAGAGUCAUAAGGAAUCCAGCAACAGUGAGGAGUCAGAAGAGGAGGAGGAGGAGGGAGAGGAGGGAGAGGAGGAAGAUGAUCCCAACGGAGUGAUGUGGGUGGAGAAAACCUGCAUGGAUGAGAAUGUGGUCGGCCCAGAAGCUCCACUCACACACCUGUCGCAGGACGACAGACCUUUGGAUUUCGGUCAUGCACUGUUGCCAGGUGAAGGUGCUGCGAUGGCAGAGUACGUGAAAGCGGGCAAACGUAUCCCCAGAAGAGGGGAGAUCGGUCUCACCAGCGACGAGAUCGCGAACUUUGAGAAGUCAGGCUAUGUGAUGAGUGGCAGCAGACAUCGUCGCAUGGAGGCUGUGCGUCUGAGGAAGGAGAACCAGAUCUACAGUGCCGAUGAGAAGAGAGCUCUGGCCUCCUUCAACCAGGAGGAGCGGAGGAAGAGAGAGAGCAAGAUCCUGUCGAGCUUCAGGGAGAUGGUGUACAGGAAAACCAAAGGCAAGGAGGAGAAGUGACCAUCAUUAUAGAUUACCUUUUAUUAGGAGGGGUAUUCAGGUUUUAUUUCUUUGGAUGAUAAACACAUUCAGUUUUAGUUGAAUUCACAGCAUUGCAGGAGGAUUUUUAUCUGGAAAGAAAUGUGUAAAACUUUUGCGGGGUAUUCUGUUGUAGUAUACCUCCAUUCUUUACUCACAAGAGUCUUCCCUUUCAAUUGUUCCACCUUUACUUGUUCUUGUAAAUGUUUAUCCUGAUCAGAGCAGUAAAUAAAUUUUCAUUAUCAAG